AUGGCAAUUCCGACCAGAGUUGGCGUGAUAGGCGCAACUGGAAAAACAGGCCGAUCCGUGGUCAACGGUUUGCUUUCCUCCCAGACGAACUACGCUGUCACGUCUUUUACACGUGCAUCCUCUGUCAACAGUGCGAUCAACCAGCAACUCAAAGCCAAGGGCGUCCAAAUUGUUGGAUACGAUCUGAACGGCCCCCAAGAAGUUCUGGUCGAGCAGUUGAAGACCAUCGACAUUCUGAUCUCAUGCAUCACCUGGGAACAUCUGGACCAGCAGAUCCCGUGGAUCAAAGCCGCGAAAGAAGCCGGCGUGAAACGUUUCGUGCCUUCGGAGUGGGUUGGCCCGGCCCCAAGGGGCGUCAUCGACAUCAAGGACAAGAAACUCGAAAUCCUCGGCGAGAUCCAACGCGCGCACUUGCCGUACACCCUCAUUGACGUGGGCUGCUGGUUUCAAGUCUAUGUUCCGAAAAUCCCUUCUGGCAGGUCCGACGGCGCACACAUGGUCUACAUUGACCACCGGAUUGUCGAAAACGGAAAUCAGAAGUUUGCCCUGACGGAUAUGGCCGACGUGGGCAAGUACGUUGCGCAGAUUGUUUCCGAUCCUCGGACGUUGAACAGGCGCGUAUUCGCGUAUACCGAGGUUCUGAGCAUGAACCAGAUCUGGGACACCAUGGCCGAUGCAAGCGGAGAGGAACCUCCAAGGGAUUAUGUGUCGCUGAAAGAGGUCAAGGAAAUUAUAGAUCUAUCUCGGAAGAAGCUCGACGCAAGCCCUGAGAGUCCCACGCACCCCAGCAAUGUCAUGUCGAUUGCUGGUUACAACAUGGGCCAAUACUCCAUUUCCUGGCUCGUCCGAGGAGACAACACUCCAGAAUACGCGGAUUAUCUAGGGUACCAGGAUUUCUGGAAGCUAUAUCCAGACUUUCCGCGAGGCAGGAGUCUUAAAGCAUUCUACGAACAGGUUCUCAGCGGGGAUCUGUCAGGCCAAUCGAUGUCUCAUCUACGCGAAGAUGGUAGUUUUGUUCAAGACUGA